GUGACGUGUUGUUUCGAGGUGCAAGGGAAAGAGGCCAGAGCUCGGUUUGAGGUUUCAGAAAGCGAGCGUUCACUCCGAUCUGUAACCGAGCUUCGUAGAACCAAAACAAAUUCCGGUCAUUUCCCGGCGCUCGAAAGCGAACAGAAAUGGACCAUCCAAUCUAUCACGGGAAAAUCAACCGGGAGCUCGGGGAGAAGUUGCUGUGCAGAAACGGCAAGGACGGGAGCUACUUGAUCAGAGACAGCGAGUCUCUGCCAGGAGUCUACUGCCUGUGUGUCCUGUACUCUGGAUUAGUUUACACAUAUCGUGUUUUUAAGACUCCUACUGAUUCAUGGACUGUUGAGACUGCACCUGGAGUACAUAAGAGGUUGUUUCGUAAAGUGAAGAACUUAAUUGCUGCGUACCAGAAGGAAAACCAAGGCCUAGCAAUACCUUUACUGUACCCUGUGUACAAGCAGAAAGGUAUUGAAAUGGAAGAAGAUUAUCUCAUGAUGCAACCAGCUGAAUGAUAACAUGUUCUUUCUCUAAUUUCUGAAGUGAUGUUGGAUCGAACUUACUAUAAAUACUUUCUAUUGAAAUGGUCUGCCACAGUCAACCUGAAUAUGUCUUCUUUGAUUCUUUGAUGGUCUGACACUCUCAAUAUUCUAAAUAUUGUGUUUUUUUUCUAGAGUACCAGAUGCUUAACUAGCAAUUACUGUUCUUGAUGUGUGCUUGAAUCAAAAGUUCUGGCAUAUUUCAGUACUCAAGUUCUUGAUGAAGCAGAAGGCUCUUAAUAUUUCAUGUAUUUAUUUUUUUUUCCAAAUUUGUUAGAGAAUGGAUCUCAGCAACUUCCAUAUCUAUCUAAAAGUACUACUGACAUUCAACUGGAAAAAGAAGCCAAAAAAAGUUUAUUUCUUUACCACUUGAGUGAUUUACUUUAAAAAGACUUUUUGUUGAGGCUGCAUUACUGUUGGUUAUUAAUAAUAGCACGUCAGUGAGAAAAAAAUGAAAACAGAUUUUCAUUGUAAAUAUAGAGAGCCUGGUUUGUACAGGAGAUGUCCUGUAUUCUCAUUGCUUUGAGAAAUUGGUCCCUUGGGUUUUCAUGCUCUCCCUCAGAGGUUAUAGCAGGAGAUUGAACGCCUCUGUAGAAGCUCGAGGCCAAUAUUUUGCUUGAAACUAGUGACAAACCAAUUUCUUUCAAUAACAACUGUAUGUGGAUGUGUAAUGUAUGCAAAAAUACAGAUAGCUGAACAAGCCUUGCUCAGCUCAACAACAGUAACAUCACAGCAUGACAUUCUGGCUCUUAAUUAGCAGUUAGAAGAUUAUUAUAUAGUCACAUAAUGUUUUGUACAUGGAUGCCACAUCAACACUUAAUUAUAAGCAGUAAUAAUACAUCAAUAUCAGUCUCAUUUCCUAAAUGAUUUCUCCCUGAAUUUGGUUAAGACCUGUUAGUAAUCAGAUGAAGUUAUUUCAUGCCCAAGAGCCAAUUGGGAAAGUUGUGCAUAAUAUUAAAAGAAAAAGAUAUGGCAAGUGGAUUGAAGUGAAAGACAGGCUUGAGAUAUGAACAUAUGAUUAGGAAAAAAUGUUCUUGUUAUCUACUGAAAUGGAUUGCUACUGAAUCUUUUCUAAAGUUGUUUCUAUGAAACAUAAGAUACAUUACAUGUUUUUGUUAAUUGAUUGAGCCAAUGUCAAGCAAUAAUCGUGUUCCCUUCAUCCUUUCUUUUCUCAUAUUUUCUGCUCCAUCCAAGGUAUGAAAACUAUGCUAUGUAACUCGAUGCAAUGAAUUAAUCAAAUUAUUUGAUUAGGUGUUUGAAGAUUUACCAACUUGUUUUGUUUUAACAAUUUUCAUCUGGAGCUGUUCAAUUUUUACUCAGAAAGUUUCUAAACUGGUAAUUUUUAAAAACAUGGGAAGUGGAAAAUUAAAAAGCAGAAGUUGCCUUUUGAUUUCUACAUUCUAAUCAUUUUAUAUUUGUAUUUCACGGUUUUGCUACUUAUGCCUUGAUGCAGUGACAUUGUGUAUUAUACAUACAGUACCUUGUUCUUUUCUUGUGGACAUCUUUGACAUGAUUGUCCUGCAGGCCAUUGACCUACUUUGAUCACCACUGUUCUGCACAGCCCAACUCUGUUUCUGUUUCCAGAUCUGUCACUGAUCUCAUCUCGUCUGGAGAUUUUCCCUCUAAAUUUUCCCACCUUAUAAUACUCCAACUCUACACGGUCUUCUUCUACCUUCCCAAAUUUACAAACAGGUCUGCCCUGAUAGACCUAUAGAUUCAGUCUGUUUCUGUCUCUCUGAGCUUAUUGCUUUCUAUGUUGAUUGUAUGUUUUCUCAACUUGUCUAGUCUCAUCUACAUUUUUGAUUCUUCUAUUUUUCUAAUAACAUUGCAACAAUUGCUAGUUUGCUGGCCCAAAUUGCCUCCUCUUCAGUAUGGGUGUCCAAUCCUUCUAUAUCUCAGUUCCCCACUGGGACUGAUGGAGGACUCUCCACUUCUGUCUCGAAUGAAGUCGCUAACAGUAGCCAUCCAACACCAACUGUUAUCUCAUUGAUCAAUCUCUUUUUUAACUUGACUCAUUCCCUCCAAAUAAAUGAAGUGGGCAUGGAUAUCUAAUUAAGAUAGUCUUUUUGUAGAGUUUAUUAAACAUUCCUUGUUAAACAUUCUUUGUUAUAGUUCAAGUCAGAACCCUCUCACAACUCUUUUACUGCUAUAUUGAUUACUGUGUCAGCAAUGCAUCUUGUAACCCAUAUCCUACAAAUAACAAAAACUUCAGGAAAAGGCCGUCUACUAAUGUUCAAUACAAACCCACCAAUUCUGACAAGUUACCUUGACUACACUUUCUCAGACCUGGUUUCCUUUAAAGACUCUAUUUCAUUCUCCCAAUUUCUCCACUUCUGUCAUAUCUUUUCGAUCUUUUAAAUGCAGUGCUUCCUCCAUGCCUUCCUCUUACCCUUGAGCUCACUUUUUACCCUAAUAAAGGAUCGUCCUUUGCUUUUUCUGCCAUAUCCAGCACGAUGUCACCACCAGGCACAUUUUCCCCUUCCUUCUGCUUCAGCAUUCAGCAAGGUCCAUUCUGUCUAUAAGAUCCUGGUACACUCCACUGCCACCCAACAACUUAUAUGCCUCCAACCGAUCCACAUGGUACCUGCCCAUGUGAUCACAGGAGAAGUAACACAUGCCCUUUUACCUCCACCCUCCUCCUCAUUGUCCAAGGUCCCAAACAUUCAUUCAAGGUGAACCAGCAAUUUACUUGUACUUUUUUCAGUCUGUUCUGCUGUACUCACUGCUCAUAAUGAAAUAUCUUAUUGGGAGACCAAAUAUAGACUGAGUGAUUGUUUUGCUGAACACCUCUGCUCAGUAUGCAAACAUGGCUCCAACCUUCCAGUCACACCAUUUUGAUACACCACCUUGCUCUCAUGCUCACAUUUCCAUCGUAGGCCUGCUGCAGUUUUUCAGAUGUUGGAACACUCCUCACUUUCCAUUUAGGCUCUUCACAGCCGUCAGGACUCGACAGAAAGUUCCACAACUUCACAUCAUGAACUCCGUCCUGCAUUUUAUUUUCCCUGCCUUCCAUGAAAUAGCUGGUUUGCUUGGUUUUGCUUUCAGCGUAGCUAAUCUAUGUUCAAGUGUCAACAUCUACUAGUAACACUUUGGACCUAUCUCAUCUUGACAACCAAACCCACUCCCAUUGGCUUUUCCUCUGUGACACUUGUGCCUCUAAACUCCCUCAUCUUCUAUCCUUCCAUGAUCUUCUGUUCUGUUCCACUUGCUCCUCCCUGCCUUUAGAGUACAAAGCUCAUCAAUUUCCUGCCUUGGUCUUCAAAUCUGAGGAAGAGUCGUAUUGAACUUGAUACAUUAACACUGUUUCUCUCUCCAAAGACAAGUCUGCUAGGUGUCUGCAGCUCUUUCUGUUCUUAUUUCUGAUCUUGAGCAUCCAAAAUAUUUUGCUUUUGUUUUGGUCUUUAAUUCUCCACAGAUCCACUUAGCAGUAACUGUAACUGGAUAAUGAUGAUGAUAAGUGUAGCUUAUUUUAUUCCUUCCACUCUCUAACAUGACAAGUUAAGACCAGCUGUGAUGGGCAAACUGCUGUUGUGGUUCAAAACUACUAAUUCAAGAAUAACCAUGAAUCUAACCAGACGCUUCAUGGUCUGUAUGGCACAUUCCUGUCCCUGAGCAUUGUCUUCAUCGUUAGACUAACUUGUUUCUUAAGUAAUGGCCUGCAGUUCACUCCUGUCACUUUUGUCAUCAAAAUGACCAAAAAUGUAAAUGACAAUGGAUAUGCAUUAUCUUUUGUUUUUAUAUCAUAAAACUGAAGAAUUUCUAAAAAGAAUUUUGCAGGUUUUUUUAAUGUAAAAUAUAAAUAAAAUUAUAUUUGAUAA